AUGGCGGUCGACGACGCGACAAGGGGGCGCAAGAGCGAGCUCGUUGCGUGCUGCAUCGAAGGCCACGAGAUCCAGAAACGACGCACGUCCAGGAAGAAAGCGCUCGACCCGCUGCGCUAUCUCCCCGACAGUAGCACUUGCUACGCGCUGUUCGCGAUCGCCGCGUACUUUAGCGAAGACACGACCACUCGUCGGCAUCUCGUGCAUCGGAGCUACAAACAGCUGCAUGCGCUGCACAUGCGCCUGCUCAAGACGUACCCGAAAUCGCACUUGCCACGGCCGUUCCCUGCCAUGCGCACGAAGAAACUCGUGCCCGAGUACAUGCACGAGAAACGUACCGAGUUGACUACGUACUUAACGCGACUACUGCAAAUACCCGAAGUCAAAGCGUCGCAAGUGCUGCACGAGUUCUUGGCGACGAGCACCGCACAAGUGGAAGACAGCAGCGACGAGGACGAGAACGAAGGCGAGGAGGACGACGACGACGACGAGGAGGUCAUGCCGUCCACGAAGCCUGGGAAACGUCCGGGUACGGUCGUGACUGUCCGAGCGGGUCAGUCGUUUUCCGUGACACUGCCACUUGAAGCUGCAGGUGACGUGGCAGUGUGGCAAUUCGCCACCAAGAAGCACAAUAUUGGGUUCAGUGCGACAUUUCACGAGCAAGUGAUUCGUGCGUAUUCGCGCGAAGGAGCCGACGUGAAGUUCGUGAAGGGCUCGUAUUGCUGUGAACGUCCCGGUACGUGUACACUGACGUGGGACAACACGUACACGUGGAGCAAAGCCAAAGUGUUGAUGUACUGGGCUGAGGUGGAGCCGCAUAGCGAAGUGCUCGAGAUGAAACCACGGCGGCCAGUUGUUUCCUCUAAGAAUCGUCGCAUGGGCUUUAUUGAGCAUACACGGAGCAAUGUUAUGGACCCGCGGCGUUUGGUCAACUCGUCGAUUUCACUGUUUUCGAAGCCAUUUGCGAAUGGGUUUGGGGACAAAGAGGAAGGUGCUGGGCAUGCUAAAACUCGACACUUGAUCGCCCGAAGGAUGUCGAGCCAUGCGGCGUCGAUCCCCAGUCGACUACAAGAUCCUGAUUGUAGCAUCCUCCCAGCAAAGGCGGGGUUCCUUAUUAUCCAGCGAUGUGUGAACUUUCAUGGACGAAAUUGGUACCGAAAGUGGUUUGUGUUGGACCCGCAAAAGUGCGUCCUGCGCUACUACGACUCGGAGGAUGCAGCUCGUCGCGGGCUAUCGUUGGCGAAGCUGAACUUGACAAACAAGCACGCUUCUUUAGCCAUCACGAACUGUCUGAAUUUGGACGCCGCUCCUACGUCGUACAUGUUUCUCGUCCGCACCAAGAAACAGUGCUGGAAGAUAUGCGCUUCGUCACAAAUCGAAUACAGCGAGUGGGAAAAUGCAGUCUCGACUGCUAUAUUGACUGCGCAGCUCUCUCGACGUGGCAGUAAGAGCAAGAAAGCAAUGGUCAAGGCCGUAAAGUCGUCAGCAAUACGAAAAGGCUUGCACCCCAGUAAGCCUGGAGCCGAAUUACCGAAAUCUGAUGCAACAUCGUGUAUCAAUGACCCAGUUGUGAAUACGUCUCAUCCAUCCAGGCAACGUGAUCAGCCGCCACCGGAUUCGGCUGAGACUUACAACGAUGGCGAAGAGGGUGACUCUGACAUCAAGGAAGACAGCGACUCUGACGAAGAUGACGAUGAUGAGUCGGAGUCGGACGAUGAGAACGAGGUGUGUGAUGGUGUUGCUGUCGAAGAUGCUCGGCCUGUCGUUGACACUAUCGUGUUGGAGCACAAUCGCACUGAGACCAUUGACAGUUUCCCAGACCUGCGCAGUGUUCCACUGCAGUGGAAAUUGGGUCUUGUAGCUGUAUUGAACGUGGUACUAUUAUUUGUGCGCUCGGCCCCCAAUGUGAUUGUCGUGCUGGCACUGCUGACAAUGGACUGGUAUUUGCUACACGUGUACGUGAGUGGCAAAGAGUUGAAUGCGUUGUCAUCAUGGAAACUCAAGAAGGAGUGA